UGAAUUUUGACAUUUGUGAAUGGCGAUCAGAUUUUUAGGUUAGAGUUUAUUAUCUUACGCGGUAUUGUAUUGUAUUACAUUUUUAAAGCUAAUAUUUGCUAUUGCUACUGUUUGAGGGAUUAUUAUCGAAAAAUGAAUGAUAUAUUGAAAGACAGUCGCUUCGCGAAGUAUCUUAAUGAUCCACGAUACAGACAAAUCCCGAAACAUGAAAGGAAAGUUAAGAUUGAUAAAAGAUUUCAGUCUAUGUUCAGUGACGAAAAGUUCAAAGUGAAAUAUACAGUUGAUAAACGAGGACGGCCUGUGAAUGAAACAUCUACGGAGAAUUUACGUAAAUAUUAUGAUGUAGAAGAAUCAGAGGACAGUACGGAUGAAGAAUCUAAUGAUGUAGACUGCAAGACCCAGGAAAGUAACAGCUCAGCUAAAGAAACCGACUCACGACCUGGCCGUUUUGUAAAAAGGUUGCCCAGCGAUAGUGAAGAAGACGAAACAAGUCUUAAUAUAAAUGAUAAAUUAACCAGAGGCAAUUUAGACUCUAAGACUAAGAAACGAUUAUUAGACUUAGACAUUGACUAUGCUCGUGGAGAAGGAGUGCUAAUGACCGACUCCUCUAGUGAGGAAGAAGCCAGUGAGAGCGAGGAUGACAGUGACUUAGAGCAUGAGUGGGGCGAGCUUGAUGCUGAUGCAGAAACUACUGAUGAAUCAACCAAAAGACUAGCAAUCUGUAACAUGGACUGGGAUAACAUAAAAGCAACAGAUUUAAUGGUUCUGCUCAGUUCCUUCUUACCUCCUGGAGGUAUAAUUCAUCACAUAACUAUAUAUCCCUCAGAAUAUGGUCUAAAGAGAAUGCAAGAAGAAGAUAUAAGAGGCCCUAUUGAACUGACACAAGAUAAAACUGAUGAUUGUAAACUUUCUGACAAUGGAGGAAAUGAAGAAGGGUCCACAUAUCACAUGGAGAAGCUCCGUCGGUACCAGCUGAACCGGCUGAAGUACUACUACGCGGUGGUGGAGUGCGACUCGGUGGCGACGGCAGACAAACUGUACGCCGAGUGCGACGGCAUGGAGUACGAGAGCAGCGCCACCAAGCUGGACAUGAGGUUCAUACCCGAUGACGUCGCCUUUGACCAGGAACCUCGUGAAACAUGCCACAAGUUGCCAGAUCUAACUAAAUACAAGCCGCGUUUGUUCACAACGACUGCACUUCAGCAAGCUAAAGUGGACCUCACGUGGGACGCUACCAAUCCAAAACGAGCUGAAUUAAUCAAAAGCGCACUGGACGGAAAGGUUGACAAUUUGGACCUUCAAGAGUAUUUGGCUUCAAGUAGUGACGACGAUGAUAAUGCUGAAGAACAAAACUCAAAGUCUGAUAGUGAAGACGAAAAUGAAGACCCUAUACAGAAGUACAAGAUGCUGUUGGACGAUAUUGAGAGCAAAGAACAGAAGAAACAAAACAAAGACAUGGAAAUGGAGAUCACCUGGGGGUUGGGCGUUAAAGAUAAAGCAGAAGAACUUGUGAAGAAGAAGAUUAAUAAAGAUGAUGACAAAGAUUUGACUCCAUUUGAGAAACUGUUACAAAAAAGAAAAGAGAAGAAAAAGCAAAGGAAACUCGAGAAUAAGCAAAAGACAGAUGAGACGAAAUCAGAUUCCGAUGGAAGCUCAUCUGAUGAUAUACCUUCCGAUGUGGACAUGAAUGACCCAUAUUUUGCGGAAGAAUUUAACAAACCAGAGUUUAAAAAUAAGAAAACCAAAUCAAAAACGCAGUCCCAAAAAGAAAAUGACGACAGUAAUUCAGGCGAUGAGGAAAGAAAGAAAGCGGAAUUAGAACUUCUGAUAGAUGAAGCUGACGCUAAAGAGCACUUCAGUCUUAAGAAAAUACAAGAAGCAGAAAACAUUACUAAGAAAUCAAAAAGAAAAAGGAAACUUAAAGAAAAAAUGAAAGCGCAAAAAGAAACAGUGCCAGAUUUCGAUAUAAAUUUAGAUGAUCGCAGGUUUGCGGCAUUGUACGACUCGCAUCUGUAUAACAUUGAUCCUUCUGAUCCAAACUUCAAGAAAACCAAAAACAUGGAGAAACUGAUUCAAGAGAAAUUGAAAAGAAGACCCACAGACAGUCCUAUGACAGAAUUGAAUGCUAAAAAGUCAAAAGAGGAUGCAGAAUUAAACGUUUUAGUGAAAAAUAUAAAGCGAAAAACUAAAGAUGUAUUAUUAAAGAAAUAAAUUAUUUAAAGCUA